AUAACAUCUGUCACUACUAUCAAAUCGAUUAUUAUUUGUCAAAGUGUAGGUGGGUAAUAAAAAAUACAUAACGACCGGUCAAUUCAAGUACAAAUGUUUCGCACGACCACUUCGAUUUCCCGCGGUGUUUCAGCAUUCGUGAAGCGAACCUCUUGCGCGUUACACACAUCCACGAUAACUAUGGCUCCUGUAAAGGUUGGUGAUAAAUUGCCAUCUGUGGAUCUAUUUGAAGACUCGCCGGCAAACAAAGUAAAUAUUUGCGACUUGACCGCUGGCAAAAAGGUGGUUCUGUUCGCGGUACCGGGAGCAUUCACCCCCGGUUGCUCUAAGACGCAUUUACCCGGUUACGUCGAGAAUGCCGAUAAAAUGAAGGCUGAUGGUGUCGGGGAAAUAGUUUGCGUUUCUGUUAAUGAUCCCUACGUAAUGGCUGCCUGGGGGGCACAGCACAACACCAAGGGAAAGAUCCGCAUGCUGGCUGACCCUAGUGGAAACUUCAUUAAAGCCCUGGACCUGGGCACCAAUCUACCACCGCUUGGUGGUUUCCGCUCUAAGCGUUUCUCCAUGGUAAUUGAGGACAGUAAAGUCCAAGAGUUGAAUGUGGAGCCAGAUGGCACUGGUCUGUCAUGCUCCCUCGCCGACAAACUUAAAUAUAAGAAGUAAAAUGUAUUUCCAGUUAUAAGUAUCAUUUCAUUAAAGUUGUCUUGGUUAACUA